UUGCAGGCAACGACGGAGAGCAAGAGAGCACUCUUUCUUCUUCUUCUUCUUCUUCUUCUUCUUCUAUCGGUGCAAGAAGGCAGUAGUGUCAGCUACACUGAACUAGAACAAAGAGCAGAGAGAGAGAUCUGCGUGAUUAAUGGGGAGAGGGAAGGUGGAGCUGAAGAGAAUAGAGAACAAGAUCAACAGGCAGGUGACGUUCGCGAAGCGGAGGAACGGCCUGCUCAAGAAGGCCUACGAGCUGUCCAUCCUCUGCGACGCCGAGGUGGCGGCCAUCGUCUUCUCCAGCCGCGGCAGGCUUUUCGAGUUCUGCAGCAGCUCCAGCAUGCUCAAAAUAAUCGAAAGGUACCGGAGGUGCAGCCACCAUGCAUCAGAAUCCACGGUUCCAACAAAUGAUACACCGCAGACUUGUUAUCAGGAAUACUUGAAGCUGAAAACGCAUGUCGGGUAUCUGCAACAUUCUCAGAAGAACCUCCUUGGUGAAGAUUUAGAUACCCUAAACAUUAAGGAGCUUGAUCAACUUGACGAUCAAAUAGAGAUGUCUCUAAGGCUCAUCAGAUCAACAAAGACCCAAGUAAUUAUCGACCAAUUAACGGGUCUUAAACGUGAGGAACAAAUGUUGCUGGAAUCUAAUAAAACCUUAAGAAGGAAGUUGCAAGAAGUUGAUGCAGAUAAUUCGAUCCGACUUCCGUCGCAGAUUCGUGCCAGUAACUGUAUCGAUGAGCCUCCUCAGCCAGAAAAGUUCUUUGAGCCUCUGGUGUGCCACCCUUCACUGCAAAUUGGAUUAAGUCAAGCUUCUACUGAUCCAUCUGGUGGAGGAACCAUGUCGUUGAAUGUCAAUGGUUUCGAUGCAGCAUGGAUCUGAAAACCCAUAUCUUCAAUGCUACUUCAUGGACUGUUUUAUGUGCAGAUACAUUCUUUGUCAUGGUUUAUCAGUCCUAAUUACCUGUCUUCUCCAAUCUUCUGCUCUGAUCUCAAAGAACUAAGAGGACAACAAAAUUAUCCUUCUGUGAGUGUGUUAUGCUGAAACAACAAUUUGUAUCACUAGCUUAUUGGCAUAUACAAUUGAAUAAUUGUAGCAUGAAGGCUACUAAUGUUUUUAUAUAAUUUUUGCUUCUGCAUUUCGUGAUGGAUGCAUUAGCAGA